CCAUGGCUUCAGCUAUUCGAACGGAAUUAUCUUCUUUGAACUUUGAUUUUGAAGUUUCAACAAAAAAACGAAUACUCAAUGAUCAUGUUUCAAAGCCUGGUUGCUUCAAAUGCUACUUUAUCUAAAUUCCCAGUGCAGAUUUUUAAAUGCGGAUACACUAAAUAAUACUAAAAAUAGAAAAUGAUGGAUCGCAAAGGAACGCGUGUUAGUUUGGGAUUUGGAAGGGUUCUGACUAAUGCUACAAAAUGUAAGUCAGUUGUGAAGCUUUUGCUGCUCAUGUGUUUCUCCUGCUCUAUGCUCCUUGUCAUCUUCAUCACAGCUUGUGUGAAUGACACAACCAACCAAAACAAUAGACAAGCACCUUGUAAUCCAUCAAGCAAUCCACUCCAUCAAAAAACGGACAAGCAAUUGUCUGCAUUCCUCGUUGUGUUAAUAAUGUCAGGACCAAAGUUGUUGGAAGGAAGGUACACGGUUCGUAGCACAUGGUUGCAGAAUCAUGGAGAUGAAGUCAUCUACAGGUUUGUUUUAGGAACAUCUGGUUUAUCAUCAUCAGAUAUGAAUGCAUUGGAAUCAGAACAGAAACAGUAUAAUGAUUUACUUUUACUUCCUGAUCUAAAGGAUUCAUUUAAUUCUCUAACCAGUAAAUUAAUAAAGAUGAUGGUGUGGUUGGACCAAAAUGUCGACUUCAAGUACCUGCUUAAAGUUGAUGACGAUUCCUUUGUACGAUUAGAUGCAAUGCUUCAUGAACUGAGGAGUAAGUCAAGAGUUCGGUUAUAUUGGGGAUUCUUUGAUGGCCGGGCACAUGUCCAUAAGAAUGGCAAAUAUGCCGAAGCUGAUUGGGUACUGUGUGAUCGUUACAUUCCAUUUGCUGUUGGUGGAGGGUAUGUGUUAUCUAAUGAUCUUGUCAACUUUGUCGCUACGAAUGCUCCGGUACUAAAGAAGUACCACGCCGAGGAUGUAUCGCUUGGGUCAUGGCUUGCUGCACUUGAUGUUCAUCGAGAACAUGACCCCCGCUUCGAUACUGAGUACAAGUCCCGCGGUUGUCGCAACAGUUACAUUGUCACUCACAAACAGAGUGUGCAAAACAUGAGAGGAAAAUAUCAGCAACUCCAGAAUAUUGGACAGAUGUGUGCCAAAGAACAGCAGUUUAGAAUGUCUUAUGUGUACAACUGGGAGAAGCCUCCAUCAGAAUGCUGUGAGCGUGUGGAGGGUGUACCUUAAAAGUAAAGUUUGUGUAGUGUUAAAGGCACUGGACACUAUUGGUAUUACUAUUAAAUUACUCAAAAUAUUUGGAAGCAUAAA